UUAUAAAGUUUUAUAAUUUCUCUUAUCAACAGCCGCAUUCUAGCCGUGACAUUUAACGUCUGCUAAAAUGUUUUCUUUAUUGCUUUUUAUUUCGCUCAUUAAUCUUUUGUUUUGUUCACCGGCUGCCAGAAAUGACGAACCAAUCAUCGGUGUUCUGGCUCAGGAGGUUUUCUCCCCUAAACCGAACCAGACGGCCUACAUCGCUGCCUCCUAUGUGAAGUUUCUGGAGGCAGCUGGAGCCAGAGUUGUACCCGUCAUGAUAAACAUGACCAUGGAGGAAUACAAGACCCUGUUCAGCUCUAUUAACGGGGUCCUGUACCCAGGCGGAGGGGUCAGCAUCAUCUCAUCUGGUUACCAAAGAGCUGCCAAAGCCUUCUAUGAUCUGGCCAUUGAGGCAAACAAGCAGGGCGACUAUUUCCCUGUGUGGGGCACCUGCCUUGGGUUCGAACAGCUCAUGUAUUUGACGAGUGGAAAGAGCUUGCUGUCCUUCACCAACACGAGUGGCAUCGCUUUGCCUCUGAACUUCACCGAAGAUGUAAAAGGCAGCAGGAUGUUUAAGGCCUUCCCUCCUGAACUCAUGAGAGCUCUGUCCUCUGAGCCUCUAACAGAAAACUCCCACCACUGGAGCCUGGCAACGCUGGCUUUAUACACAAACGAGGAACUGAAGAGUUUUUACAGAGUGCUCUCAACAAAUAACGAUGGAAACGUGGAGUUCGUGUCGACCGUUGAAGCGUACAAUUACCCUAUUUAUGGAACACAAUGGCAUCCAGAGAAAAAUGCCUUUGAGUGGUCCAGACCUUACAUUCCUCACUCUCCAUCGGCCGUCAGAACAACCUUCCACAUGGCCGAGUUCUUUGUGGGCGAAGCGAGGAAAAACUUCCACAAGUUUCCGUCUAAGGAGGAAGAGGACAAAGCAUUGAUAUACAACUAUAAUCCUGUUUACACAGGAGCAGAGAGUGCCUUCGAGCAAAUUUAUUUAUUCUGAGAGAUUCCUCUUCUCCGAGCACUUUUUCCACUCCAAAGCUGAAUCAAUACCUUAAUAUGGACUUCAAUUUUUUUUUUUUUUAUUGAUUAUUACUUAUCUUGUUGUGAUUAUUUACAAAUGUGCACUGGAACAUGAAGGGAGAUUUUUUGUUAGAAGUAUUGUAGCAGUGCAAUGUUUACAUUUGCUGUUUGCAAAUCAGUUUGUGCAGGAUUUGUUUUAAAAACUUGAACUUGGGCUAAUGCAGGUCUUCUAGCCUAACUGUGCUCAACCCGACAUGUUUUUGGCUUCAAAAAUGCUCAAAAGCCGAAAUUUAGAUGCUGCUUCAAAUGGUGGUCAAGUUACUUUGACGCUCUGGAUGCUCGUUGCUCUGCUUGUUUACCUGCUUUAUUCUGCACUGGGAAAAAAUGGAAAUCUAGAUAAGUAAUUUUUCUUAAAAUAAGUGCAUUUUUGCUUGGAUUGAGAAAGUA